AUGUUCAAUGCAAUGGUCUACAUGUGUAUUUUAGAAUUACUUUUUAAUCACAGAGAAUUUUCGAUUAAUCCAAAUCCAUCAAUCGCUCAACUUGAUGUAAUACUUCUUUUAAAAAGCCGAACAUCAUUUAUUAUUGAUCAUAUUCGUAUUCAUGUUAUUGAUAGUAUGAGUUCGAAAUUAUUAAAUACAACAAGUGCAAAUUUAAUAUUAUUUCCAUCUAUAAGUCUUUUUCCUCAUUCACAAAAUUAUAUUCAUAUUUAUUUUUUAAUAAAUGCUAUAUCAUUUUCUCAAAAACUAAAAAUAACAUUAACUUAUUCUAUAAAUAAAUCAAAUACAAUUGAAGCCGAUAGAAUUGAAUUUAAACUUAAUUUACCUUGUUCAAAAUAUUUACGACGAAAGAUUAUUGAUUCUAUGAUAUUCGCUGAUUUGAUGAGUUCCGGUACAUUGAUAUGUCAAUCACAACUUCGUAUUCCAUCAUCUAAUCAAGAUUUUCUAUCGAUAAUUAAUACAAUUUGUCAAUUUUAUCGAUUAACUGUUGUCAAAAAAAUUAAUUCAGCUGCAUCUUUAUACGCUGAAACAAUUCUUGGACAGCCAAUAGUUCUUUUAUUUAAAUCCAUAAAUUCUCAAAGUGAUAUUUUAAUUGAUGGUAAAUCCACAGAAACACAUUUUCUUUCCAAUCUCAGGGAAGAAAUAAAAACAUCACUGACAUAA